AUGUCCUGUUGUGGAACGUCAUCGUCUGUUCAUCCACCAAGCCAUGAAAACGACAAGAGGAUGGCAACAUCCUCUUCAUCCUCUUUAUCAUCACACGAGGAUGAGAUGAGUCUAAGCAAUAGUAGUGAUAGUAAUCAGCAAUCCUAUCCUUCGUACCCUUUACGAUUAAACAACAACAAGCCUAACUUUUCAUCGAUGGUUCACUCGUCCAACCAACAACAACAACGUCCCAGCGGAUGUUGUGGAGGCAACGGAAAUUCGCAAAACUCACAAAACAACCUCAACCAUACGCAUCACCAGCAUGAUCCAUCACCAGCAUCCACGAGUAUGCAUUAUUGCGCGUGUAAGAAUCAAUUUCAAUCAAACGCUGAUUGCGAGUUCAAACAAUUCUUAACCCGGUAUACAGGCAACCAAUUGGAUCCAGGACCAAAUACCACGCCCAACAACGGUGCUUUGUCUAACAGUGCCAUUUCUCCUUCUACAACCAGUUCAGCUCGUACCGAAACUCGAUCGUCCAAGUCAUCGUCUCCAUCAACGACUUCUACUUCUUCAAAAGCGAAUACCUCAUGCUUGCUAUGUAAACUCAGACACCGAAAAUGUGAUUAUACCUAUCCAUGUACUCAUUGCGCAAAAGAGAAUCGUACAUUUUGCCUCUACAUUGGAAAUGUAAAGCGAGGUCCAAAAAAACACAAGGAUGAUAUGGAAGAGGAUGACGAGAAUAGCGCUCUUUCAAAGGAAAACAUAGAUGGCAUCUAUAAGGUGAUUCAUCAAAAUAUAACAAACAUCAAAUCGGAUCCUCAGGUCAUUAGUAAGCUCUCGUUUGAGCUUUUCAAGAAGAUUGUCGACAAACUUUUGCCUAAUUCCGAACGAGAUCUGGUUCAUCAAAUUGUGAGAGUAGCUCUACUUCCUCCAACAGAGCCUUUCACUGGAGAUAUGGAUUACUACUUUAAAUACUUUUACAAAAUUGGAGAAAAAGACAUUGCUUUGAUAUCUAUUUUACAGGCAAUUUGCUUGCAGCGAUUGAAUGAAAAAAGCCUAGGACAAAGAAUGUUUGAAAAAGCAAGAUCUAAAAUUUCAGCCAUGUUUGACCAAGUAUCUGACUUUAAACUUAUUGCUGUUUACAUUUUUUUAGCAAUAUAUUUAAUUGGCGAAGGAGAAAGACAGAAGGCAGAGUAUUAUCUCAACCAUGUCAAAUUUUAUGUCAAAGAAUUUCAACCCAAUAUGCAAGAGGCUCAAUUCCUGUUACGUACUGUUCUACUCUCAGAAUCCAUUUUACAAGAAUCAUAUGAACAAUUAUUGAGACACUAUGAAAACAUUCUCCUCUAUUUUACUCCUAACAGCAUUACGUCACAGACCAAUAUGAACACCAUUUCGAGUUAUAUCACUGCAUCUAACGAGAAAAUGUUCAGAGGUGGAAAUUGUAGGAUGGCAAUUGAUUCAGGUGAUGAGCUAAAAAAACAACUUUCCCAUUUGAAAACAUUUAUUGAAACUAAUAACACAGAAUACCCAAUAGGAUAUCACCAAUUACUCGACUCAUUAAUGAAAUCAUCCAAUAGCCCCACUCCAUACGCUGUCUCCAUUUCUUCAACAACACACAACGAGAAUUUGGAUAAAAAGGUCGAACAAAUCAACAUGGCGAUUGAAAAUAUUAGGAGUAUUUAUGGACAAUGGGAUUUUCUUGGAAACACCUUCAUCAUGAUGCUUUAUAGCAUAAUUAUUCUCCACCAUCACAAAAAUUUUAAUGGUGAAGAACCAUCCAUUGAUGCAGUGAAAUGUGCCGACAUGAUCACCAAGACAACGGAGUGCAAUGAUGACUUUUCCUUGUCUUCUUUUCCGGCCUCUAUACCAAUUUCUAUUGCAUGCAGGAUACAUUUAACCUCUUUAAAGUCCAUUCUAACAUCAACUUCACUCAUCAUCAAUGAGUAUGCAGAGCAAUUAACCACAUACAUGCAACUUGACAUUGAUGCUCUUCAAAUGCUUGCAAACAAAUUUCCUUUAGUUGAACGAAAGUUUGGAGCGCUUAUUAAGGAAGCCGUUGCAUGCAUGGGCAAAUAUCAAGAUCUGAAAAGAACCUCGCCUAGCAAGUUCAUCAAAUUGCAGACCAUUUCCCAACACUUGAGUGUUUAA